AAGGCCAAAGUAAUGAAUGCAGGAUGUGCUGAAGCACUGAAGCAAUAUGAUUUUGAUUGCUUUGUCUUCUCUGAUGUAGAUCUGGUUCCUAUGGAUGACCGUAACCUCUAUAGAUGUUUUAACCAUCCCCGACACUUGGCUGUGGCUGUAGACAAAUUUAAUUUUCAGUUACCCUAUAACACCAUCUUUGGUGGGGUUUGGUCAUUGUCCAAGAAGCAGUACUUCAAGAUUAACGGCUUCUCGAACACUUUCUGGGGCUGGGGUGGUGAGGAUGAUGAUAUUUAUUUGCGAAUUGUUAACAGAGGAAUGUUUAUUACUCGACCUGGCAUGAUAAUCGGAAAGUACAAGAUGAUCAAACAUAAUAGAGACAAGCUCAAUGGUGUUAAUCCAAAGAAUCCUGGCAAACUAAGACAAACCCAUUUGACCAUGGCUAACGAUGGGAUUAAUUCCUUAAACUACACAGUCAAGGAGAUUGUGAAGGAUAAACUGUACACUUAUAUCACGGUGAAUGUUGGGUCUCCACCAAGCUGA